AUGACCACCAUGGAGAGGUUCGCAAGAAACAAAGCCUUAGCAAUGCUUUUAGCAACUAUAUUUCUGUUAUCUCUAUUAGCGCUCUUGUCAAAUAUCACACCCAUACAAUCUCGGUCUUUAUUCAACGGCUCACAAGACAGUACUGACACAACAGCAACCAGCACACAGAUACAACACACUGAAAGUGAUUUGGAUGUGCCUGACGAAGAAGACCUUGUGCCUGUAGCCACUAAGCCUAUUGAUGCUAAGGAAUGGAAACCAAAGAAAUGGGGCCGUCUGAGUCCUGAAAUUGAACAAGCUAUUGAGUACAAUGUUCGUAUUGCUGGAGGCUCUGGUAAUAAGAAGGCCGAUCGUAUCUUGCUGACGGCUGUGGCUAAUCAAGGUAUGGCGGAUUACACGAUGAAUUGGAUUGCUUCGCUCAAGAAGUGCGGAUUGGAUGACAAAUUUCUGGUGUUUGCUAUCGACGAGGAGAUGGUUGAAACAAUGAAAAAAGCAGGAUUUGGUAAGCACGUCGUCAUGAUUCCCAAAGAUUGGUUCCACAAGGAGUUAUCAAAGGAUUUCGAAGGAUGGUUAUCGGACGGUUAUACACCCAUUACGCACUCUAAGUCGCUGGUGGUGGAGAGGUUGCUCUACACUGAUGUUACUGUCUGGUUCUCGGAUGUCGACAUUGUGUUUACAUCGCCUUCCAUUUACGAUUAUUUGUUGAUGAAACUGAACUCGAGAAAACAAACAGAGACUUUGUUUUCCCAAGAGACAGAACAAAAAAUCAUCAAUUCUGGGUUUUACAUUAUGCGUCCCACAAACACAAACAAACGCAUUCUGGACGCCUCCAUCUACAUUCAAGAUACCGAACAAAACAAAAAGCCUGAAGUCACUCAACAACGAGCCAUCAACAGGAUCUUGGACGAUAUGAACCUCAACUACCAGACAAGUUCCAUCGUGUUGUUGGAUUUAAUGCUGUUCCCUCACGGUAGAGCUUAUUUCGAUAGAAACAUCCCAACAAAAUACGGCAUGACGCCCAUGAUUGUGCAUGCUAAUUAUCGCAAGGGAGACAACAAGAUGAAGGAUUUGAAAAAGUUUGGUCUUUGGUACAUAUAA